AUUAACGAGAGUGAAGCCAAAGAAGAUACUGAGUGAAAGAAAGAGAUAUCCAAGAGGGAGGGAGAGAAGAAGGUAAAUUAUAUAGGAGUUUGAACUAAACCACUUACUCAAUUGGCCCUAAAACCCAAUCUCGCAAAAAGAGUAACAAACCCAAGCAAACCCAAAAAAUCAUAAAAAGGGUAACAAUUAAACAAACAGGUAUCAUUGCCUUGCCCCUGUAGGAAUUUGAAAACGGGAAACUAAAUAGAAUAAAGAGAUCAACGCAUAGAGCUGUAGAAAUUUUGGAAAAGGGAAACUAAAGCUGUCAAUACAUUGCCAAAAAUUUCUCGACUGAAUUACAUCUUCUUAUGAGAAGCAACAAAGACUGAGAAUCAUGAUCGGUGAUGGGCCUCCAUUCUCUCCUAAAGAUGAAAAUAAAAGUCCAUUAAAUUAAUGGGAUAUCAAAUAGUAAGUUUCCUAUUUCUUCUUUCUUUCUAUAAGUCUCCUGUUUCUUCCUUUAAUAACAAAAAAACAAAAAAAACAAACAAACAAAAAACAAAAAAAAAUAAAAAUAGUAAGUUUCCUAUUUCUAGUAGGUCUAGGCUUACUUUUUUUUGUUUCUAGGAAGAUUUUUUUUCGGUCUGAUGUUUCUAGGAAGAUUAAUUAGGUCGUUAUAUGAGUAGAUGCUUUGCAAUUCAGACUUUACGGAUAUUAAUGAAAGCAUCUGCUCUUCCAUCUUUAUAUUUCUACAAUUUUCAGUGAUUUCGAAACUUUCAUAUCAUACCCAACAAAACCCCUUCUGCCGCGGCAUCACCAAACCCUAAAUUCCCUUUUGCCUCUCAAUUGAACCAUUCCAAUAGCAAAGGCCCUAUCAUGGGAGAUCGGUAUAUAUCUCAAUUUUCCACCGCCGCCGCCGAGCUUACCUCGGGUCAAGGCCAUGCCUUGACGAUGGCUUCACGCCAAGAUGACCUACUGGGCAAGAUAUCAGAGAUGGAGAAAUCUAUGGACAAGUUACCGGAGAUGGAGAAAAUUCUGGGCCAACUGUUCGAUUUGAUGAAAUCAAUAACGCAGGAGCUGUGCUUACAAAGCCCCAGUCCAGCCAUAACGACGACGCCACUUCCACCUUCCACGGUGAUGGAGUGCCGCAAUCCUAACCAUGAGGCUCAUGAUCUUUACCAAAGCUUCCCUGAUGAUUGGGAGCAUGCAUCAAUGACGGUAAAUCAAGGGGAAGCUAGAUCUAUAUGUUUACUCGUGUCAUCUUACGGGGAUGGGAUUUACACUAAUGCAGUCUAUGAAGUGAAAUUCAAACACGGAGGAGAAGUCCCGGUAAUUAGACAUGUUGCCAAGUUCCGAGAAGGUUAUUGCCCUCGGGUUGCAAGGGUUUUCAACCACUCCAAUUUAUACUACUUUGGUGACGACGGUGGAUUUAUUGUUGACAUGGAGACUUGGUCUAAAUGUUCAUCUAUUCCUCCUACCCCAGCCUCUAAUUCACGAGAAACUAUUGUGUACGCGUACGACAAGGUUUAUUAUCUUGCACGUCGAUCAAGCCUCGAACCAGUUACAGAGCCCUCCUUCGGGCGAUAUGAUCCUAAUCAGAAGGUUUGGGAGCAAAUGACUCCUUUUCCAUUUUAUGAUGAUUAUGACCGCCAUAUGCGAAUAACUGGUUAUGCCGUUUGUAAUGGCGUUAUUUUGUUUUCAUUGUGUGGCUUGAUAAACGGGGAUUUUUGCAUCGCUGCUUUUAACGUGGGUAGAAUGGAUUGGAAUCGGGUGGAAUUUGACACUUCUGCUUGCCUUGCUCCUCCGUUCCAAGGGAGGGCUGUGGUUGUAGGCAAGACUAUCUAUGCCUUAUACGGGGAGGCAGAGAUUAUAGCAUUCUCCUUUAAGAUGGAGAAAGGCGGUGAUGAUGAUAUUGCAUAUUCCAUAAGCCAACUUUUUAUAUUGCAAUGCCUUGAGUUUGCUCGUCCGCAAAUGCCAUGGUUUGACGAUUUGACACAGUGUUUGGUUCAUUUGGGGAACCAUGACUUUUUCUAUGUCCAAACUGGCUGGUGCGAUUCACAUCUCAAGGUUCAAUAUCUUAGUAUCACCGCGUUUCAAAUUGUUGUUGGAGAAGGAAGAGGAUAUAUGAUCAAGACCAUACAUUCAACUGUUCAUUCUGUGGAUAUCAAGGGCUCUGAAUGGUUCGAUCUUGUGUUAUGCUUCACGCCUGAGUGCGAGGAUUAUGAACACAUAGAAGAGGAGAGUAUAGCUAGUAUGAAUCAGCCAAGACAAGAAAUAACGGCCAUGAAGCUGGAAAUAGAAGCCACGCAGCAUGAAGAAGCGAAUGAUGCGCAAGUUGGAUAUUAGGAAUUGUGAAAUAUGAAAAUUCAAUAGCAUGAUAGCCACCAUCUAGAAAAAAAAAAAAAAAAAAAAAUCCUAUAACUUAGUUUAAUUUUCCCUUGUUGACUUCCGCUUAUUUUAAUUUUAUAUUUAUUAUAAGUUUGGCUCCAUUCUUUCGAAAGUAAGAUGGAAACUGUGGUACUGUGCUAAUCUUUUAUGGAUUAGUUUUCCUCAAGCUGUGACCUGGUUCUAUUUUUGCUUGUUUUUUGGGUAUACUAAUCUUUAUCCUUU